AUGGACGCCAUGGCCCUGCCUUGCUGGUCGCCUUUGGUCUUUGUGUUCUUGCAGGCGGGGUUGGGUUCGCCUCAUGCAGUCACCUGGAGUCCCUCCGGCCAGGAACUUCAGUCCCUGCAGGACCUCCUUGAACGGCUGAAGGAGAAAUUUCAACAAGGGGAGAUGGACGCUGCUGAUUAUGGAGCUGCCGAGGCGGGGGACAGUUCUUACUUUGACCUUGCUGACUUGGAGGGGGACCGUUCCAGUCAGCUCAGAUCGCAGGAGCCCCGCCAUCAGGCCGAGGUGGAGGACCAGUUGAGGAAAUUCCUGGCAUCUCCAAAACGAAGGAGGUACUUCUCCGGCUGUUUCGGGACCAGACUUGAACGGAUUGGUACCCAGACGGGACUUGGAUGCAACAUCUACAAAGCCCGUAGGUCUCUUUAA